AAAACGCUAAUAACUGAGCAAUAUGGCUACUGCUGGGAUGCGCUUUUGCCGCGAGUGCAACAACAUGUUAUACCCGAGCCAAGACCGCGAGAUUCGUCGGCUAGUAUUCCGAUGUCGCAAUUGUGGACAGUGUGAGGACGUGGAGGAGAACUGUAUUUAUGUCAACGAGUUGGUCAAGGACACGCGUGUGCAGUUGGACGUGCUCCCCGGAGACGUGAUCGACGACCCGACCCUGCAGCGCGACUACGAUGUGGCGUGCCCCAACUGCGGCCACAACGGUGCCGUAUUCAUUCGCUCGCAAGAUGGCGUCAAGCAGUCGACGCUUGCCCUCAUCUGGGUGUGUCUGAACCGCGAUUGCCAAGUGGACGAGGAGGGAAACCGCUUGCCAUCGUAUCGCUGGAUGGGAAGCUGAGCGGUGACUUGCAUGCCACAUUUGCAGCGGACGCAGACCUUUACUUUCAAGGAUGUAACAAUGCAACACUAGGUGACCGACCACACAAUGGGUGUUUGCAUUAUGCUAUUGAGACGCACAAAAGAGUGAAAUAGAGCGCUGUGCUAAUUGUGGGCUCCGCUAUGUUAAGAGAUGAGUCCGUGCCGUAGCUUAGCUGAAAAAAAAUGUCCGACGGCUUGUAGGAAA